CUCGGGUAAAGCCGAAAAGAAUAAUAAUGCGGCAAUAACAAUACGGAAGUCACUAUAUUAAAGAACUAGCUAUAUGUACGCCAGACCACGUCACGCGUAACAGGCUUCGUGAUAACUCACGAAACACUGCUCCGCAGGGACGCGCCUCGCUCGCAUAUAGCUAGGCCUGCAGUGCUGACAUGUCAUCAGUGCACCGAUGCCUUACGGCCCAAAAUCGUAAGUCUCUACAGCGACUGUCACGGUUAUCCCUUCAAAGUGCGAAAUGCGAUACAAGACUUGACCUGGACUGAGAAAGAUUACAUUGAAAAUCCAAAUUUUGUAAGAUUUUGUCGUUAUAACUGACGUUUUCGUGUUAGUAAGCGGUCAAGUGCACCUGGAACCCCAGGGAUGGUCUGUGUCGACUGAAAAUGUGUGGUCGUAUGGGGGCAUUUCCUGUUCAGUUUUGCGAGUUCUGUUUUUAAACGAGUUAAUCAGCACCUUGGUAAUCUUCGGCUUUAUUUAGCAGCUCGUUGUUUUUGAUUUUUUGUAGAGGUCAAUUUUUGAGCCAGAAUGCUCAUAUCUGAACUCGAUCUGUCUUAUGGUACAAAACAACCAUGAAAUUCCCAGAUCACUUACAAAGCAUUCCGGUAAAGCUGAAAUGCAGGAGAAUGGGAACAAAAAAAAAACAACGGAAGUCAUCAAGUUUAAGCAUUGCCAUUUCCGUUUUCUUUUUACCCGCAUUCUUCUGCUUUAAUAACGAUAAAAUCUCACGAAAUUUAGAUUUUCAAUGUAAUCUUGUAAUCAAUGUAAUCUAUUCCUCCUCGAGUUAUCGUGCAUACAUACAAAUACAAACAGAAUGAAACUUUUUUGGUCAGCGGAGGUGAUGGGCUUCGCCAAUCUAUUAGCGAACCAAUUAUCGUCCCUACGACGAUGAACUUUGAGAAACGAAGCGUCAUAUUUAUUCUUUUCUUUGAGACUAAAAGUUACGAAAAAACGCAAAAAAAUUAUAGUUUUAAUUUUCUUUCUUUUUGAAUUAAGGGCGCAACUGGUAUCGGAUUCCGUGGUAGGCACGACAACCAUAUGUAUGAGAAACAUGUGUGAAAAAGAACACGUACCUCAGAGUAACACGGCAAACACCAUUGGGUGGUUCUGUAGCUGGAAGUUGUUUAAAAGAUUGUGCCUUCCGUGUUUCCCCGAAAGCAACCUUUUUGUUAAAACAUAAAGUAAAAAACAGUUCCGUUAUUGCCGAGGAUCGCUCGCAGACGGGCUCUAAGGUUAUUUCAAGAGUUUGACGUAAAACUUCUAGCUUUUGCUGCAGCCUUUAGAAAUAAGUAAGAAUUUGAUAUGGACACUUUUUCCUCACAGUAUCCAUGAUAAACAGCCCAGUUCCAUUUAAAAUCAAUAGCUGUACAUUGACCUUUACUGUGUAUUUUUUUGCAUUCAAUAAAGUUCGUUCGCGUUAUGAUCAGUAGCGAGUUGCAUCACUCUGGCAGACAGACGGACUGAAAACAGACGACUGCUAUCGCUCAGUGACCUUGACCAAUUUCCAAUCAUGACGGAACACGACCCCCCGAGAGAUCAGUCCAAACUUGACUGCCGUGUAGAACUUUGGCACCACGUUGUUCUGCUCAGACCAUGUUUGGUUGUUAAAAGUAUCGUUAUGGGGCGCAGCAAAGCAGCAUUCCUUGCAACAUAUGCGGUAUUGUUCGUCUGCGCUGUGCUGACUACGGUGAAGUCAAACAAUCUCCCAAGCAAGUCAUUCUCUGAGUGCCCUAGCAGCAGCGCUAUAGACUGUGGGCGCCCUUCUAGCUGUACCGAAGGUGGUGACUGCAUUUAUGCCGACAGUCGAUGCGCAGAGUCCUGCAAAUGCCAGUGCACAACAGAUGGACGCACUCCAAGAUCAUCAAAAUCAACGUGCCCGUCUGACCUAACAUGCAGUGUUCAGGGAUGUACAUCGAAUGGCACAUGCAUCUUUUCGUCCUGGGCGUGCAAGGAACGAUGUCGCUGCGCGUGUUCACUUAACGGCCCUCCUGCUUCCUGUUCGCACUCCUGCCCUAAUAACUUGAGAUGCGAGUGUAUAGGAUGCUCCUCAGACGGGAAAUGCCAGUUCAGUGACUCAACGUGCCAACAGGCAUGCACAUGCUCGUGUCGUCAGUAAAAAAUUACCACACGA